AUGCCUGCGACGAUGAGCAGGAGUCUCAGAAAACCCGCCACCCAACCCCCGCGCAAGGCGGAAGAUCCCCCUCGCCCCCAGAGCCGUGUUACUCUUCCUGCUCUUUUUGCUCGCCAGACUAUUCCGUCCUCACCCCCAGACCCUUCCUCGUCUCAGUCCAGGCCAGGAUUCAGGCCGAAACUCCCGCCGGCCAAGCCCGCACCUGCAGAGAAAGCAAGGAAAAACAACGCUCCCCCGCGUCCCGACCAGGAGGUCGCCACUAUCUCUAGUUCUACUGAAGCCACACAUAUCUCCAUCUCCGAUUCUCCUUCUGUCAUCUGCAUCUCGAGUGACUCACCAGCCCCGAUGCGCCAGACGCGAUCUGCGGCUAACAAAGCUGCCUCUGCAGCCCAGAAGGCAUCGCAGAAACCUCUUACAGCGAGUACAAGCGCGUCGAGGCCACCCCCUCGCAUUGCUCCUUUACCACCGCUUCCCCCGACCCCGCGUAGGCGGUCAGUCGUCAAGCCCAAGACACCUUUGAAGCGUGCGUUAGACGAUGACACUGAUGGUGAGCCCGAUAUCAAAGAAUUCAAGGUGCCUCGCAAGCCGCCCGGGUGGUUCAAAGAUGCGGCCAAGGGAUCUUCACGUAGCAAACCUCUCACACCCAAGGACAACAUACUACCGUCUCCCGUUGAAAGCAAAGCCAGUAGGCGGCCUAGCACACCCAAGCGGGCGCGUCUCUCGCCUGAGGAACCUGCCAUGCGCGCCCCGAGCUCAGGGAACGAAGCAGACAUCGAGGAGCUCGUGCCUAGCAGUCAAUCUGACGAGCAUGAACUGACCCUGCCCAAGGAUAACAGGAAGGAUCCUGUCCAAGUGAAACAGCAUGUCGACAAGUGGAGAAAGGAGACUGUGACGGAGCCUCCCAGUCCCGCGCACACACUGCCGCCCAGCGACGGCAUCGUGCCUCCUGAGCCCAUCGAGAAUGCGGAGGACGAUAUACCGCCCCCCACGGACAUUCCCAUGGAUGUCGAUGUGUCAAUGAAGGUCCGGUCGCCAGCUCCUUCUCGAGUGUCAGAUGCAGCUCGCCUCACUCCCCAAUCCGAGGUCGAGGUCAGUUUAGAGCUGCGUGCCCGCAGCUCAGUGUCGACGCUGUCGAGUUACGCAGGACCGAGUAUUUUUGCGGCUGCUGCCGACCGCUCUACUACACCGCCUAGAUCCGAGUCCCCGCUGACAUUCUCCUCGCCCAACGCGUUUAGCUCACUCACGCCACCGCCAUCGAGCGACCCCGUUCCACACCCGCCGACUCCCCAACGGAUCACUCCGCGUACCAAGGCCAGACAGAUUGCCGACGAGAUCAAGGCGCAAGUGUACGCUCGCGCUCCCUCAAGUCCGGAGGGAUCUCCCCUCGAGCUCCAGUCGCUGGCGAGCAGCAGUGAUAACGAGUCGGAAGAUGAGUUCAUGGCACAACUCGCCAAGCCAGACAAAGGCAAGGGAAAGGCCGUGGCGAAGCCGCUUGGCAUAAAGUCGGGGCCGUUUGGCUCGCCACUAUCAAAUCUCGAGAGCUCGCCGCAAGACAGGCGCGUCUUAAGCCGAUACAACCUGCGCCGCCAGUCACCGUCCGUCGCGUCGCGACUGCCUGCACUUUUCGCUACCGCCGACGCGUCGCAGCGUCGCACAUCGCGCAAGGCGAACCCCCUCGACGCGCUGCUCAAGGAGAAGGCGCUCGCGGACAAGCGCGGGAAGGGCAUGGACGCACUGCGCGCCGCGGAAGUGAUCUCAUCGUCCUCGCGAGCGCGCAAGAACCUGCGUGACGAGCUCAACAACGAGGACGCGGAUGCGGACAGUGCAUGGGGCGAUGAGGCGGCCGCGAUGUGCGUUGUGCACGCGGGCGCGGCGAGUUCCGCUGCGCUGGCCAUCGAUGAGGAAGACGAAAGCGAGGUGGAGGAUGCGCUGCAGGAGGAGGAUUGCGAGAAGAUUCUCGGGGAGAAAGACGGGAAGGCAGUAGGGAAGAUCCUGGCGAAAGACCGCGGUAGCCGGGAGACGAAACGACAUGGGCGCGAGGAACGUCCCUUGGGCGUCCCGCUGUGGGACAUGGACGCGAAAAUAAGUGACGAGAUGCAGGUGGACGGUCUACCCCCGUUGCCGCAAGGCUUGCAUGAGAUCGAUGCGCAUCCUGUCCUUCAUUUGUUGCAGAAUACCGUGGACAGCGGAGAUACUUUGCAGCUAGUCACAUUGCUCAAUGCAAACCUGCUUGUCCAUCACCUAGAGCCUGAGCAAUCUGCUGCCCUAGUUCCGUGGCUGUUCACGUUAUCAAUGGCACCAUCUGGUGCUGCGUACGGAGAACCAGCAUGGCGCACCUUACUUCACAUAUGUGAACACACUUUGGAGCAGCGGCCAAAUCUACCUUUGGGUCUUGUCAUAGACUGCUUGGUACGUCUUGGCGCAAAACCCGAGGUCAUCGAGGCCGCCGAGUGGGUUGUGCAUCAAUCAUCGCAUUCGACAAUUCAGGCGUGUGACAAAUAUGAGAUUGUGCAUCGCCUUGUCUCGCUCGUUACGGCUUUUGCUCGUCGCAGUGCACUUGAUGUGGAAGAAAUUCCCGACUUCGUGCUCUUCAUGCUCCUUGUUGCGUUGGAACCGUCCGUACCGUCUGAUCUGAAGCGAGACUGCAUGGUAGCGGUCGAGAGCCUUGGACAAUCUGUGCCCUCGAACGCUCAGCACAUCGAUGUUGCGAUCUGUUCGAAGGUAGUCCGGUAUGCGAGGGACCUUUCCCCUCUCAAUCGUGCCCAUCUCUUAUCCUUCAUUGUGGGUGGAAGCCAGCGGACAAUCCGCAUAGCGCGGUGUAUCGCUCGUUGUCUAUUGCUUGACGAGGAUCCGCCCUCAGUAGAAUCGUACAUGCAACUACCUCCCCUUGCGCCUAUCAUAGACCUGCUCUCCCCACCCACCGGUUCCGAAGCGCUUUUCGACAUCCAAGGUAAUUCCGACAAGGACGACUACUACGAUAACCUCGCAUGCCACGUUGAGGUGCUCAGCAAAGCACUCACCGGCAUCGACGAGUAUGUGGCUCUGGAAAAAGAGGCCGCUAGGUCAGAAGCUGCAGCAUCCCCACCUUCAAGCCAGUCCUCCGAGUCCGGGAAGAAAGCUGGGAGAGAAACGGCAACUCCGCUAGAACAAGUCAAAACUGUGCUUGAUGUCUUGCACGGGAAGAUUGUGGAUACGCGUGCGGCACAUCUAGACCGCUCUCGGGCGAAGGCGACUCUACAACGCCUCUCCCUACGUAUUUGGUACCAACGCAUGGCUAGCCAGCGGUCCGGUCCUGGCACUGGCAAGCCGCGGAAUCUACACGGCUACUUUGGACAGCCCAGGAAAUAG